AUGAGACGACCUCUUACAAUCUUUAAUUUUCUCACCUCUCGUCAACAACACCUUUCCCUUGGAAAUAUCCCGAAAUCUUCCUUACUUAGACAUAUCUCUCACCGGGUUUUUGCAUUUCCUGGACCUGCGAUGUCCACGAUUGAAAAAGUCUCUCGAGUCCAAUACGAAUAUAUUGAAGAUAUAGAGAGAUUAGAAAGAUAUCAGCUCGGAGGUUAUCACCCAAUAUUAAUCGGAGAUAUUCUUAAAGAUCGAUACCAAGUUGUUCACAAGCUCGGCCAUGGGACAUUCUCUACAAUCUGGCUUUCACAGGAUAUCCAGCAAACAACUUAUGUGGCUGUAAAAGUAUGCACCGGAGAUUCAUCUCCUCAUGAGGCUGACUUGCUGUACGAUAUUUCGGAUCCACCCCAAACCAAUCAUCCAGGCCGGGCCAUGAUUCCUACGAUACUAGAUCAGUUUGAACUCCAAGGACCAAACGGAUAUCACAGAUGCUAUGUAUCAUCACCAGCACAAAGCAGUAUAGCCGAUGCAACCCUAUUUCGUCUCUUUCAAAUUGAGACAGCACGCUCCCUAGUGGCCCAGUUAGUUUUGGCUAUUGCAUAUACCCAUACACAAGGGUAUGCUCACGGAGAUAUUCACCUUGGGAAUGCUCUACUUCGCCUACCUUCUAACUUAGAUCAACUUUCUAUUGAUCAGCUCUAUGAAAAAUUCGACAAACCUGUCACGGAGCCAAUUAUACGUCACGAUAGAGAGCCCCUCCCCCCUGGAGUCCCUCCUCUUGCUACCAUACCGCGAUUGGGAAGCCAAUGCCGAGCACCCACUCCCUUUUUACCACCCGAAGCAUAUUUCGAACCAGAGAAACGUAUCUCAUUCCCUAUUGAUAUCUGGACCCUAGCAUGCGCCAUCUGGUCUAUCUUGGGCUCUCGUGCACUUUUUGACGGCACACUUGCUACACAUGAUGACAUAUCCCAGCAGCAGAUAGAUAUCCUUGGAGAAUUGCCACAUAAGUGGUGGAAUAAGUGGGAGGCCCGGUAUAAAUAUUUUGAUGAAAGAGGGAAACCAAAGAAGGAUCGAUAUGUCUUCCCGGCCCUUGAGGAUCGUUUCGAGAAGCAUAUACAAGAACCCCGAAGGAAGGACAGUGUGGGUGAGUUCGAUAGGGAGGAAACGGCAGCGCUUUUAGUUAUGCUUCGCUCAAUGCUGGCUUUUAGGCCUGAGGAGCGAGCCACAAUAGAAACAGUUCUAGGCUCCGAUUGGAUGGUAAAUUGGGGUUUGCCUGAGUUUGAAAAAUCUUUGGAAGUGUGA